GUAAGGCCCUGCUAUCAUUUUUAAAAUUAAAAGAAAAAAAGAAGGCUCCAGACUGCCCCUGUGCUUGAAUGUGUAUUAGAGCCGUCUCUCCCAGAGCGUUGUAUAAAGCCCGUCACGCAGAGCGCGCACUCCUUUCUGACUCAGCCUGUCGUCUUUGACGCCGGACGGUGUGGGGCGGCGUCCCAGCGGCUCAUUCCUUCUUACUGCUGGGAAGGCUUCGUGGUGUGGCCGGACCCAGCGUGAUGACCCGGCCUCCUGUUAGAGGACACCCGGGUCCCCUCCAGACUGGGGACUUUAUGAGAAAGGCAGCUAUAAGCACUCAAGGGCGUGCCUCUCUGGGGACAUGUACUCCGAUGUCUCUCGGAAUGAACGGGACUGUGCUUGUUUCACUUAAAAAUAAAAUCCAGUCCAUUUUUUCCAAAGUGGCGGCAACGUUUUGCCUUCCCACUCACGGCGUGUGCGCCCUCCUCACCUGCACUUGGAACUGUCUGCCCUUUUAUGUGACCCCUUCCGAUGGGUGGGUGGUGGCCCUGCACUGGGUUUGCAUCUGUGUUUCCCGGGUGACUCACCAGGAGAAAGCAUUUACUAACCGGUCAUGAAUCUUCCUACGUGAUCCGUCACAGUCGUCCAGACUGAGUUCCCGUAGGUCGACCCGUGAGCGCUCCCGGUCGUUCUGACACACCCCGUUACUCAGACGUCCUGGGAAUGGUUUCUCCCGCCUGACUCACUUGCAUUUUCCUGGUAGAGCCUUUCAGGGAGGAGAAAUACCAGAUUCUGCUCAGGCCUGGUUGAUCCGUUUUGCUCUUUUAUGGUUUUGCUUUGGGUGCCCGAUCUCCGAAAUCGCAGUUCAUCCCCUGCCCGUGGGGUCGUUGGCCAUGCAUGCUCCAUGCUCCUAAAGGUUUUAUUUUAUCUUAUUUUUUUAGCUUUUACAUUUCGGUCUGUGAUCCGUUUCAAGUUGACCUUGCUGUAUGGCCUAAGCCAAACGCUGAGGCUUUUCUUUCUAAACUGUGAGGUUAAUUUAAUUUUGAUUUUUAUAAGAUUGAGUUUUUGUAAGAUUCUUUUUUUGAAGAUGUUAUUUAUUUAUUUGACGGAGAGAGCAAGGGAGCACAAGCAGGGGGAGCAGCCGAGGGAGAGGGGGGCGUGGGUUCCCCGCUGAGCAGGGAGCCUAAUGCGGGGCUCGAUCACAUGACCUGAGCCGAAGGCAAAUGCUUAACCAACUGAGCCACCCAAGCGCCCCAGAUUUUUCAGAAGAUUCUGGAGAACAGAAUACUGAAGCCACCGGUCGGGUGCUGGGCGGGGUGACGAGACACUGAGUCGUCUGGGCCUUUUCUCGUCUUGAAAGUGACAGUGUUGACACAGGGGCCCUGGUCCCUUUGAAUGUUCUUCAAUGCCCGAGCAGCUGUUUCGAUAGCAGGUGUUAGAAUAAAGUAGGAGUUCUCACUUUUUCUAGGAUGAAAAUUCCUCUGUAACAUAAAAGGCACUCGAGCCCCUGAUGUGGUUAAAAAAAAACACAUGAUCUUUAUUUUUACGUCGUUAUGAAGUAGACCCCAUUCUUUAUCCGGAUCUCCCCAGCUUCUCUCCUGAGGUCCCUUUCCCGCUCCGGCAUCCCAGCGGCGGCGCAGCCCACCGCGCGCUCAUCGCUGGGUCUUCCGGGUCGGCCCUGGUCUCGCAGGGGCUCCCACUCCCCUUGUUUGGUCCCAGAGCGUCUGUAGAAUGUCCCCCAGGCCAGGUUGGUUAGAUGUGUUCCUCGGGCUUGGCCCGGGGGUGUGGAUUUGGGGAAAGAACUAAGGGGUCCAGGACAUCCCCUUGGCUCCCUGGCCUCUCCGCGGGGAGGUGACUGCUUUUCCCUUCCUCCGCCUGCUCUUCGGAGGGCGGUGCUCCGUCGGGCCCACCGUCCGGUCCUUCUCUCUGUGAGGACAGCCACGUGCUCCAGGACGUUUGUCAGAAAGACAGUCCUUUCCUCCCGCGAAUUCUCGUGACAUCCUCGUCCAAGCUCAGUUGUCCCCGUACGGGUGAGUCUUCUCCGGACUUGCCGUCCUGUCCCGUCCGCCGAGUUCAUGUCCGGGCUUCGGCCCCCGACGCCGUCUUACCACUGUGCAUUCACAGGAAGUGCUGAAACCAGCAAACGCAAGUCGGCCGCUUGCUUUCUUCUUUGUCGAAAAUGUUUUACUUAUUCCAAGUUCCUGUUAUUUCUUUUUCAAGUUCCUUUUAUUUUCAAAUAAAUUUUAGACUCCGUCUGUCAGUUACCACCAAAAAAGAAGUCUGCUGGGACUUUGAAGUUGUACUGAAUACAUAGAACGCUUCGAAAAGAAUUAUGAAAGGGGCGUCUAGGUGGCUCAGUGGGUUAAGCCUCUGCCUUCGGCUCAGGUCAUGAUCUCAGGGUCUUGGGAUCGAGCCCCGCAUCGGGCUCUCUGUUCGGCAGGGAGCCUGCUUCCCCCCGCCCCCCUGCCUGCCUCUCUGCCUGCUUGUGAUUUCUCUCUGUCAAAUAAAUAAAUAAAAUCUUGAAAAGAAAAGAAUUACAGUGAUGAUCUAUAAUGUUGAGUCUUCAGAAUGUGGCUUCUCUCGAUUUAUCUAGGUUUCUCUUAAUAUCUUGCAAUAUAUUAUAGUCGUCAGGGCAAAGUUCUUGAAGAGAUGUUGAUAAAUUUAUCACUAAGGAUUUAAUCUUUGUAAUGCUGUUAUCAAUGGAUUUUUAGGUCAAGUCCCAGCAGCUUUUAGCUUCUAAAAAUAUAAUGUGCUAUGGUGAGUGCUGUGGAGUGUGUAAGCCUGGUGAUUCACAGACCUGUACCCCUGGGGCAAGUAAUACAUGAUGUGUUAAUAAUAAUAAUUUUAAAAAAUCAAAAACAUAUAUAUAACAGGCUUUGUGUAUUGACUUCGCUAAAUUCUCUUAGCAGAUCAAGUGCCUUUUUGCAGAUUUCCUGUGACUUUCUACGUCUGCAAACAGAGAAUUGCUUCUUCCUUUUAAAUCUGGGUGUCAUUUGGUUCUUUUCUUUUUCUUGACAUGUUGCCCUGGCUAGGGUGUCUAGCUACAAGAGCAGUCAGUGUAAGGUGUGAGAAUGCAGGUUCUUAACUCCGUCCUCAUCUUCGAGAGAAUGUGAGUCUUUUCAAUAUCAGUUACAAUGUUGGCUGUCGGGUUUUUUAUAGAUUCCCUUUACCAGGUUGAGGGCUUUGUUUUCUGAAUUCCUCAUUGGUUGAGAGUUCUGACCAUAAAUUCGUGUUGGAUUUUGUCAGAUACUUUUUCCGCCUCUCUGGAGAUGAUCAUGCUUUUUACUCCUCUGUUCGUGGUGGGUCUGUUGAUUGAUUUUCAAACAUUAACCCUGAAUUCCUAGUAUAAACUCCAUCUGGCCAUGGCAUAGUAUCUUUUUUGUUUUGAAUUCAGUUCGCAAAUGUUUUGCGGAAGAUUUUUGUAUCUGUAUCCACAAGAGAUCCAGUCUUAUAUUCUCACAGUAUGUUUUUCUGGUUUGGGCUUUACGGUGAUGUCGGCCUCAGGGGGUGAGUGGGGACGUGCUCUGCCCUCCUGCCUUCCGGAAGACUUCAUGUAGUGGUGGAACGUGUUUCACAGAAUUCACUAGUGAGUCCACCAUGCUUGGACUUUCUUUGUGGGAAGGUUUUAAACUAUGAGCUCAGUGUCCUUAAGAGGGAAGUACGCCCGGGUUUUCUGCGUACGUGGGACUGACUUUGGGAAGUGGUGCCCCUUCUGCUGGAGCUCGGGAAGUCCUUGCCAUCUCGUCUGUGUCUGUGGGAUUGGAGUGCGACCCGCUCUUUCUUUCGGGAUCCUGAACAUUUAUAUCUUCUCUCUUCUCAACCAGUGAAUUGGUCUGACGUAUACAUUUAUUGACUUCUUUUUCUACGAGUCCGCUCCGAGCUUCAUUGGUUUUCUCUAUUGUGGGUCUGAUUCCUGUUUCAGUGAUUUCUCCUCCGACCCUUUUACCUCCUUCCUUCUACCCACCCCACACCUAGUUUGCUCCUCUUUUUGUGGCUUUCAGGGGUGGAAGCUUCAGUCAUUAAUUUUAGAUCUUUCUCUUUUUUGCAUAGUAAUUUGAAGCGAAAGUCACCUCUCAGUACAACUUAGCUGCAUUUCGUGGGCUUUGAUGUGCUGUGUUUUCAUACUUACGCAGCUCAAAGUGUUUUCUGAUUCACCUUGUGCUCCCGGCUCGGACCCCCUUGUCAUUUAGAAGAGUGUCGUGUAGUUUUCAAACGGUUGUGCAUUUUCCAGUUACCUUUCUGUUACUGAUUUCUAAGUUAACUCCAUUGUGUCAAAAGUGGAGCCUGUAUGACUCUGAUCUUUCCUAAUUUAUUGAGAGGCAUGAGGUAUCCUGGUGACGGCUCCAGAGACACCUGGAAAGGGUGCGUAUCCUGCUGUUAUUAGGUGGACUAUUCCAUCAGGAUCCCUCAGGUCAAGGUGGCUGAUAAGUAGCACAAGUUUCCCGUAUCUCUGUUUUUCUGUCUACUCGUUCUGUCGAUUACUAAAAGACGGGCACCGAAACAUCCAAGCCCUUGCAAUGUGCUCGUUGCUUUUCUCAGUCUGUCAGGCUGUGCUGUAUGCAUUUCCAAUGCCUGUUAUGGGGUGCGUACUUAUUUAAAACUGUUGUGUCGUCCGGAUGGGCCAAUCCCUUUAUCCUUAGGAAAAUGGGACCUUUAUCCUUGGUUCUAUCCUUGGUUUGAGCAUCUUCCUCAUCUCCUGCGAAUGCAGCUACGGGGCUCCCGUAGGCUUCGUCCCCACGGUGCCCUCUUUCCGUCCUUUUACUUGGACUAUCUGUGUCUCCGUCCUUGAAGCUGUUUCUGAUUGACACCACGUACCAAUUUUGGCAAUUUCAGCCUUUCGGAUGGAAUUGUUAAGUCAUUUAUAAUCAUCAUAAUCAUAGAUACAGUUGGGUUAAAUCUACUACUCAUUUUGUUCAUCUCAUUUUUUUUUUCACUUUUUUCUCUCUUUUCCUAUAUCUUUUAGAUCCCGAGCAUUUUUUUCUCCACUCUGUCUCUGAGCUGUCCUUCCUCUAUUUCUCCUUGGCUGCUCUGGGUUUCACAGACUGUAGCAAUAACAUAUCACAAAUUCUACUAUGCUGCCUUGAUGACACAGGGUCCUGGACUAGAGUCCUGGCAUUUCUCCCCACCAGUGCUCCAUGUCAUACAUUUUACUUCUAUGCGGCCUAUGUUUUAAGCCCCAUAACCCGCUGUUAAUCAUUUUUUGCUUUCCACAGUCAAUUAUAUUUCUUCUGCAUUUCUUUGUACAGACCCAUAUGUGCAUUUUUUGCAUGUUGUUGAUCAUCUGGGUUUCGUUUUCUCUCAUUAAAGAAUGUAGCUCUGGGGGGCGCCUGGGUGGCUCAGUCGGUUAAGAAUGUAGCUCUGUCCUGGCAGGCAGUUGAGUUAUUUACAAAUCAGUGUGAUGGCUUUGAGACCCGUUUUUAGGCUUUGCUAGGACAAUUGUAGAGGACCCUUACUCCAGGGAUGGUUCAGUCCUAUUGCUAACAUGCAAUGCCUCUGGGAGCUCCCUUGAAUUCCUGGAGAUGACUUUGGGGGACAUCGGGAGCCCAUCAUGUGAGACCUUGAAGGCCCAUCGAGAGGCUACUGCUCUAAUUCUAUAGGCAGAGGGGAGUGAGGGGGCCGCAGGGGUGGUAAGGACUGCUCAGAUUUUGGCGUGUUCUGGGGAAGACCCCAGCUUUUUUCCCAGCUGGGAAGACCCCAGCUUUUUUCCUGACCGAGCUGACAUGGGAUGUGAAAGAAAGAGCCGUCAGAGAAGCUUCCAGGGUCACCAAAAAGGAACAGCACCUCCCACAGGGAACCAGCUGAGGGUGUCAUGGCUGCCGGAGAAGGGAGCCCACUUUGGAACAUACUGGAGCAGCGUGCCGUGGGACCAGUGUCGAGCUGAUGUGUCUGGAGGAGGCUAAUCUCCCUCUCCGGAGAGGUGUGUGUGGGACUGGUGACGGUGAUGAUGAUGGCAGUGUUUGCUGCCAGGGCUUGGUAAGCCCCUCCCCGCCCCCCGAGAGGAAGGGAGCUGGCAGGAGGGACCCAGGACGGAGCCCUGAGACCCAGCACUCGGGUGCAGCACUCCAUGGGAAGCCGGACACUGGCUUCUUGUCACCAUCCAGAACAGAGGGGCCAGAAGAAUGAAGCCUUUGAGGAACAAAGAAGCCGAAACUGAGCGUGGGGCCGACCAGACGGGAAUGAGCUUCGGGGAGGACGACUGGGGGGCGGGGCAGCCGUGCACGGAUAUUUACAUGACGGUCACUGGAGGAAGAAUAAAGAGGGAUUUCUGCGUAACUUUGGGGUCCAACGUGGACCAGCGGAGGUGGGUUUGUGCCCCUUAAGGGAAAGAACUGAGCAAAAGCUGGAGCCGGUGUGAGUGCCCCUGGCUGUCUGGGGAACCUGGGAGCCAGGUUCUCUGCAGCUGUAAGAAGUGGAUUUCCUCGAAAGGUGUGCCUUCGCCAGCACCGCGAACACCGCCGCCUGGGGCAGGUCCACCCCCACUCUGGGCGCACUGACAGUCAGGCUAACCCCACCUUGCCCCGGCUCUGGUGCAUGAGGACCCCUUCUCUUCCCAGGCACUGGAAUUCUAGGUUUUCCCUUUGGGGACAGACCCCUCCCCCCCGGCCUGAGUCUUCCUGAGACAAGCAAGGACACGGAGCUCUGUCUUUCCUUCUGGAACUUUUUCUACGAAUGUUAACUCCCACUCUCUGCGGGGAAACACCCCUCAUCGCCCGUGCAUCAGCGCCCAGCCCAGCUGCUUCCAGAGCCCUGAGUGUGGCGCAAAGUAGCCGCCGUGUCUGUGAUUCCACAGGCCACACUCACAAUGGCAAGAAAAAGCAGCUCGGGAGAGGAGGUGGGAGCCUGGGGUCCAGACUUCCAGGCAGCUGCUGAGGCCUCCAGCCCUGGGGCCCCAGUCCUUCCUGCUGACCCCACGUUUCAAUCAAUGCCCCGAACUCGUCCUCACAGAGACAUUCAGUGUGGAAAUGCCCAGUCUUGCAGGUCUGUGACUUCGGUGUUUGGAAACAGGGAAGCGAGGAGUAUUGGGGAAAACAUGACUUUCCGUAGAAAAGAAGGGUCGGGCCCCACCCCCGUGGCAAGUGCAGGGAUGUGCUGGAGAUGGAGGACGCCCGCGGCAUAGGAUCGCGGAACAGGAAGCGUGACGUCCCCCGUACACGAGGAGCUUCUGUGUCUACCAAACACCUUGUCAGAAAGACACGCUCUUCGCCCGGGUAUGGGAGACAACCACGGGACAGACUGUUUUUCCCUCUUUUACGGGUAAAAUAAAUAGGAACCGCUAAGACCGCGGGAGGGAACUUAAUGCAUCUUCUCGCCAGAAGGGAGCGGAGUCUUUUGAACAGCCUUGAGCUGCCCGUCGCUUUUGCUGGAUCUGAGCGGCUCAAGCCCAAACAGGGCAUUUUCCAGAUGAUCAGAUGCGUUAUUUCAGUGUCCAGCCAGUUCCCGUGUGUGUGCCUGCGGGGCGUCCUCUGCCUGCAGGAGCCCAUGGAGGGAUCAUGGGAGGAACGGCGUCACCCCCGAUCCAGCACUGUGAUCAGAGCGGGAAGGGAAGCAGAGGCCUCGGAGCCCAGGCUGGGCCUCACCUGGGCUGAGCCUCCCGUGCGGGAGGCAGGGGCGGGUGGUGCAAGGAUCCGUCUGGGGCAGGUCUGUGUCAGGGAUCAUUUCUCUAUUGACACAAGUGACCCAAGGCCGCCUCACUUGGUGCUUUCACAGGGAGGCCCUGUGGAGGCUGCGCCUGAGCCUGACUCUUGUUUCUGUCACCCUGGGCAGAGGUCAUGGGUGGCUCAAGGCCUUUUCCUGCUUCACAACUUCAUCAUCCUUGUUCCCAAGAACAGAAAAGGAAAGCGCCAGAAGCACAGAGCAGGAGCCAUCAUGGAGAGAGAUGACAGGUGGCUGAUCGGGAGUGACAGGGUGCCUGGCUGUACCUUGGACAUUGCCCAGAAUUCCAGCAGGCCACAGACACCCCCAUCCGUUGGGCACUGCCUGCCCUGUUCCCACAGGAAGGCUCAGAGCUCCAGGGCUGGGCCCCCCAUCUUGAGGCUCAGGGAGGCCAGGCCAGAAGGGCCCGUCUGGAUCCGGCCACGGGUGCCUGUCUGCUCGGGACUCGGAGAAAGCGAGCCCCCGGACCAGCUCCCCACCGCUUACGGAACAGGAGUCACGGUGAGUGCCCGGGACCCGCCUUGGCUGACCAGCGGCUCAGUACAAUGCCAACACCACGGGACACCGAAGGCGAAGGGGCUUCCGGGCAGUGAGCUGUUCCGGCAGGAGGGGGCCGCACUGGAGAAGGCCCCCACCAUCCAAACCCUGGUGCUCUAACUGUAAAACGCACACGGGACAGUGAAGACCCUGCCCCUGGGAAAGGAUGUAAAACACCCGCUGAUCAGUUUCGGGUUGGUUUCGUGUCUUCCCAGCGAGCUACGGUUCACAAACACAAAAUGCUCCGUUUUAAGGGGACGGUUCCAGGUUUUUAGUAACAGUCACUUCCUUGUCCAACCACCACCACCGUCUAACUCCAGAGCAUUCUGCCACCCGCACCUAUCGGCAUUCAGUCCUCUUGCCUGCACGCCCCGGUCCCUGGCAACCACUGUCGCCAUGGAGAUGCCCGUCUGGAGGUCCUCUUGUGCGUCUGGCCUCCUGCCCCGGGAGCACAGCAUGUACGGGGCUGCUCGGUAUUGUGGCCUGUGUCAGCAGUCAUUCCUGCUCAUGGGCGAACGCGUCCCGGCACAGAGACGAGCCACCUUCUGCAUGAGCACACACCCGCUGACGGCUGUCGGGUGGCUUCCCCUCUGGGCUGCCGUGAGUGACGCCGCAGGGACGUGGGUGUGCACAGUUUCGUGUGAUGUAUAUUGAAGUAUAUUUUGAGAAUUACUGGGUCACAUAAAACAUUAAAACAUUCUCAGAGUCCAGCGUGUGCUCAGUGGCACAGAUCAGAGACUGCCGGUGCCACUGGCGGGCCGGCCUCCUCCAACCUGAGACCCCCCUCCUCGCACUGCCUGCAGACCUCCCCGCCCAGGCGCAAGGCUGUGGGACGUGUUGAGGGCUCACCGCCCGGGACAGUCCCUCCGAGAGAGAGAGGGAGAGAGAGAACCCAGGGACAAACGCACCGUGUCCUUGCAGGUGUCAGACAGGUCUCUGAGGUCACCGACACAUCGUUGCUCUGGGCCCCCCCAACCCAACGAGCUGCAGAUGGCCUCUGCCCCCCACGAUAGCCCUACACUGACCCACCCUCGGCCGGCUCUCUUCCCUUGCUCGCCUCUGUCCUGCACACUCCGGGGUUCCCCGGGGUCCGUGCUGCACGCAGCUCCCCGUCUUUGGGAGAGCUGCCCCCAGUCACUUGUCAGUUAGAUGACACAGCCUCGAGACACCUUCUCGCCACACCGCCCGUCCAUUCCCUGCAGAGUCGGAAGUGGAAAGCACACCCCACGGGGUUCUUGCAAAGACAAAUGAGGCCGUUGGUGCCAAAUGCUUGGCCCGGCGCCUGCCCCUUGGUACGUGCUCAGUAAACUGUAGCUGUCGCUGGGAAUGACCCAGAGCGCGGCUUUGAGCAGCUGAGGUCUCGCCGCCCUGGCCCUGCUGACCGCCAGCAGGACAGGAACGCCCCAAAGGUCGACGGCCAAACGGGGUGCUGGCUCUCGUCCCUCGCCAGCCAAGUGCGUGCUUGGAAUGUGAGCACCAGUGCGUUUGCCCCCGCAGGAUAAUAAAGCUCCUUAAUAAUGUUUUCUAUUCUUAGUGCCGCCUCAUUGCCAGGAAUGGUAUAAUCAGCCUCCAUCAUCCUGACUUGCACGAUUUUUGAAACAGGGAUGCAGUGGGCCGUGAAAAUGAGCCCUUCUCCUGGGUUGCCUCCGAGGGGCUCAGCGCAUUCCUGCCAUCUUGUCUUGGGAUGGCGCGUCCUGCCCCCUUUGGGCUGGUCCCUCCAGCAAAGGCCACAGCACCUAGCUGCCCCCGGCAGACGCGUGGGUGGCACACGGUCUUCUGAGGCCUGGGGAGUCUGUGUCCUGACCACAGAAUUUGGUGACACGGGAAUGGUGGCGCUGGAACAUUUCUUCUAGGAUGUCAGCGGAGGGCAGCUGCUCAAGCCGCUGUCUGCCUCUGGGCCCCCAGGAGGGCCCUGCAGAGCCACACGCGCCCACGACCCACGACCCAUGCAGCUGCGAGGCCCACACAGACCCGAAGCCCCCGGUUUGAACACUCACACGCAUGUCCUCACCUUCCCAUCACGAUGAAGAGCAGCUUUGUCACCGGGAAGAGUCUCCCGGCCCUCCUUCCAAGCCUGUCCCCACACGCCCCAAGAAGCCACAGCUCUGCUUGCGUGAGCGGGCCCGCUUUGUCCUGUCCUGGAUCUCCCCCCCAGGGCAGGCUUCCCGUAGGGACGGUCUCACUCUGGAUCCCUUGAGCAGCGUGUCUUCAGGACGUGUGCCCGUCGCUUAUUCACGUCCGUGCUGCUGAGCAGAAUUCCAGCGCACGGGCAGGCAGUGCUGGCUCACCGUGCAUCCUGCAGGGGCAACCUUGGGGAGUCUCCUGUGUCAGCCCCAGUAAACAUCAUACGGAUCUUCCCGUGGCCAUACCUGUGGUUAUCUCGGGUCAUAACCCAGGAGUGAUGUCGCUGCUUCAUAGGGUAGAUGGAUGCUUCCCUCUAUAAGAGGUCGCCCGCUGUGCGGUUUACCCUCUACCCGGCCAUGCAGGGGGGACCUGGGGCUCAACACGCAGCCCAAGCUGACUGUCGCAGGCUUUCCAAUUUUAGACACCAAGUACGUAGGUCUUUCCUUAUGGUCUUAAUUUAUAUUUCUCAGAUGAUGUAAUGAUGGUUGAGCAUGUUUUUAGACGCUUACUGGCUCUCUGAGUAUCUCAUUUUGUGAAGUGUCUGUUCUCUGUGUUUUGCUCAUUUUGUAAAUGGGCUUGUUGUUCUGUUUUUGUUUUUGUUUUUAAUCACUGGUUUGUAGGAAAUUCCAUAUACUCUGGGUAUAAUUCGCCUGCUAGAUAUAUGUAUGGCAAACAUCUUCCCCCGUUUUGUGGCCCACCUUUUUCAUUUCCUUAAUGAGGGCAUUUGAUGAAAAGUUUUUCGGGUGAUCGAGUCUAAAUUAACAAGUUUAUUCUUUUACGUAUUGUAUUUUCUGUGUCUUCUCCAAGAACCAUGUGUCUGCCCCCAGGUGGAAAGAUAAGAUACAUUUUUAGAAGACCAGGACUCACAGCUGUUCUAUUCUUGCCCACAAUCCAAUUUAAAUGAACUUUGUUUGUGGUGUGAGGUAGGGAUUGACCAGCGUUUCUUCUACACAAGCAUUUGAUUGUUAUAACCCCCUUUGUUUAAAAGACUUCCCUUGCCUUGUCCCCCCGAAUCAUGUGGACCCCUUUCUGGAGAAUUAUUUGUCUAUGUGUGGGCCUCCUUGUAGGCUUCUGUUCUGUCUCAUUGAUCUGUGCGCCCGUCGGGACGCCUGUCACGCGCUGGCUCAGUCGCUAGGGCUUAAAAUCAGGAAGUUUUCCAUAUUUGUGCUUCUUUUGCCGUUAUUUUGGUGUUUCUUUUUCUUUUCCCUGUGGAUUUCAGAAUUAAGAGUCGACCCAUCAGUUUCUCUUUAAAAAGCCUUCUGCGACUUCGAUUGAUUGCAUCCAGUGAAGAGAUUAAUUCGGGAACAUGAACAUCUUACCUCCAUGGAGUUUCCCAGCCCACAAAUGUGAUACAGCCCUUCCCGUACUUGGUCUUCCUCAGAGUCCCUCAGUAAAGUUUCAUAGCAUCCAAGAUGAAGGCCCUGCGUUUCUUGUUAUAUUUGUUCCUCGGCAUCUUCUGUUUUCUGGUGUUACUGUCAAGAGGGUCUGAAUUGCCCAAUUGUCUGCUGCUAGUUUGUAAAAAUACAGCAGAUUUGUGCUUAUUGACAUAGUCUCUUCUGACAUUGCUCAAUUCAUUGGUUAGUUUGGGUAUUUUCUGGAUUCCUGCAAUUUCCCAUUGGGACAAUCAUUGUCUUCUGAUCAUAAAGAUGCUUCUACUUCUAGCAUUCCAGUCUGUUUGGUUUUUAUCUUUCCCUUCUUGUGUGGUCCUGGUUGAAACCCCAGUGCUGCUAAGUAAAAGUGAGAGCAGGCACCCGACCUUACCCCAGGAGACGCGUUCUCUCUCAUGCCGAGUAUGACGUGAGCCACAGCUGUGUUAUACGUGCCCCUUCUCGGGCUGAGGGCAUCUUCUUCCCCUGGCUUGCCCAGUGUUCUUUUUUGUCAAUUGUUUUUUGACAAAAUUCUUUGUUGAAUUGCGUCAGGUGUUUUUCAUAUCUGUUGAGAUGGGUCGAGGUGAUCUGCUUUUAUUCCUGGGUUUCUAGUGGUUUUUAUCACAAACAGCUGUUGGGUUUGGUCACAUGCUGUUCCGGCAUCUACAGGGAUGAUCAGAUGAUUUUUCUCCUUUAUUCUGUUCAGAUGGGGAGUUGCAAUGACUGGUUUUCAAAUGUUAAAACAGCUUUGCUUUUCUGGGAUAACCCCACUUGGAUUCCUAGAAAAAUACUUAGGAAUGAGUUUUUUAAAGGGUACACCGGACCUCUACCCUGAUGUAAGAUGUAUUCUCUUUUAUAUAUUGCUCAGUUUGGUCUCCUAAUAAUCACUAGGAAUUUUUAAGAAUCUUUGUGUCAGUGUUCAAGUGGGAUACUGGUUUGUAACCUUUUUCUUGUAAUGUCUU